AUGGAAGCAUAUUAAUUUUUGGACAAUAUAGGAAAAGGAUCAUUUGCAAAAGUAUAUAAAGUUCUAAGGAAAACAGAUUAAAAGAUAUUUGUUGCUAAAGAGAUGGAAUAUGGUAGGAUGAGUGAGAAAGAGAAAUAACAAUUAGUAAUUUUAAAUUUAAAUUUCAAAAUAGGUAAACGAAGUUAAUAUUUUAAGAGAACUCAAACAUCCAAAUAUAAUAAAAUACUAUGAUCGCAUUGUUGAUAAAUAGACAUAAAAGCUAUAUAUAAUAAUGGAACAUUGUGAAGGAGGUGAUUUGGCUUAAUUUUUAAAGAAAUUAAGAAAGGAUAAAGAAUAUUUACCAGAAGAGUCAGUUUGGAAAAUAUUCUCUUAAAUAGUUUAGGCUUUAUGUGAAAUACAUAAAAGACAAAAUAAAAUAUUACAUAGAGACAUAAAGCCAGCAAAUAUAUUUUUAGAUAAAACUGUAAAGUUAGGAGAUUUUGGUUUGGCAAGAAUGUUAAAUAUAAAUAGUGAGUUUGCUCAUACUUAAGUAGGGACUCCAUAUUAUAUGAGUCCAGAAUUAAUAGAAGAUCAUAAAUAUAAUGAGAAAUCUGAUAUUUGGGCUUGUGGUUGUUUAUUGUAUGAAAUGUGUUCAUUAUAACCACCAUUUUAAGCCUAAAAUUAUUUAGCAUUAGCUAUGAAAAUCAAAUAAGCAUAAUAUGAGAAUAUUCCAUAAUAAUAUACAGCUGAGAUGAAACGUGUAAUAAGUUGGUGUUUGAGUGUGAAUUAAGAUUAGAGACCAAGUGUAGAUGAUCUAUUGAAUUUACCUAGAAUUUCUAUUCGUUUGAGAGAAAAAAGAUUAAAAGAAAACUCAUAAUUACUUUAAUAAAGAGAAGAGGAUUUAAAAAAAAAAUAGUAAUACUUAAACGAAUAUGAAUAAAAAUUAAAAGAAUUAGAUUCUCAAAAAAAUAAAGAAAAUAUUUCAAAUUGGUAAAAAGGUUAUAAAAAGAGUAAUGAUCGAUCAGAAAAUUCUUUAACUACAGAAUAAGACUCUGAUUAUAAAGAAUCUACAUUAGAAAAAUUGAUGUAAUGUAGAAGAUCAUUUUAAUUCAAAUAAUGA